AUGCUUUCCAUUGUGCACUCAAUCUAUAAGAUUUUUAAGAUCCAUUUGUUUGAAGAAAGUCCUCCGGAAGGCUUAGUUCGUGUAAGAGAGGAUAUCCAAAUCAAACCAAGAGCUGGCGUCAGCGCGGUGUUGGCUCGACGCUUAGCCGCCUCAGUGACUGGUUCAUUUUCUAAAUACGAUGGUGAACGAGCGACUCAUCACUAUCAAGGUGGCCAGCCCAGCGAUUCCGCAGUCAAAGCUGCGUCUCCCCCGAUGCUUGAAGCUUUGGAUGGAAUCGAAGCAGCCGUUUAUCGAGGACAAGAUCGUCUCAAGGAGAGCGACAGGAGGGCUUCCAGUGUCUCUUUCCACAAGGUUUACAAGCAAGAACUUGUCAGUCCGGAACCUUUCCCGGCAAUAUAUGCGCUAUAUUUUGCAGUUGUGUGCAUUGUAGGUUUUGCCAAUGCCUGUCAAGCAGCCCAAGCAAAAGAAGUCUUCGGUGAGCAUCAAUCAAAAGUCGGUAGUCCACAUCACCUCACCGAGAAACUCAACAUCGUAUUCGGAGAGCACAAGGUCAUCGAGCGAAUCGCUGUCAUCCGACGCCAGAUCCCGGAUUUCCUUCCGAAAACGCACCAAUUCGCCUCCCAAAGUCGCGGCACCAGUCCUUCUGCCACGGCAGUCCAGUUCGCAUACAUUGCUGGUAUUGACCAUUUUUAUUUCUUAACGACUCAAGCAAGCACGUCUGGUGAUUCGUUGGAGUCAGAACGAACAGCUCGAACAUCGCACUCACCGGUAUUACCACGACGAUAUUCCCGUCCUGAUACCAGUUUGCACUCACUACAAAGUACAGCAAGCUCACGCCAGACGUUGAACUACUGUGAUGUGGCAUUGCCAGCUGUGGCAAAUUCUUCAUCAAGUUCGACGUCAGUCAAUUCUCGAGUCGAAUACGUCACCAUUGAUCCUGUAUCGACAACGGCGGCAAGAGAGGUACGACACAAGUUCUAA